AGGUUGCGCGCAGUGGGCGCCAUGCCUGGCUAUUUUGACAACGUCCUUCCAACCGAGCAAUCGCUGGAUCUCGGCUUCUCCGUCGUCUCGCAANAGGUCGAUCUAACCGUCGAUUUUGCAAGGCAGGCCAUCUCUGGUUCUACCGAAAUCACUAUCCAACCCGAAAUCAAGGAUCUCAAGACCAUCCGCCUGAACUGUCGGCAAGCCCGCAUUUUGAGCGCCAAUAUCGAGGGCUCCAAAGUCGAAUAUGCCUACUCCGACCCUUACCAGAAGAUCAAGCUUUCAGGGAGAACAACGGCCCAUCAGCAUGAGUACCUCCGUACCAAGAUCGAGGGCGCUAUCAAGCAGUCGCCGGACCCCGAACUGGCCUUGGAAAUACCGUUACGCGUCAAAAUCAAAGAGCUGAAUACCGAGUCCUCUUCGACUCUGGCCAGAGAUAGCCUGAGGAGACAAGAAAGCGAUUUUCCUGGUCAAGUCGAGACUCCAACCGGAUUACAUGCCCAGGAACCGACGCUAAGAUAUGCCCCUCUGAAAGUCUCGAUUGAAUUUGAGGUCACAAAUUUCCGGGACGGCCUCCAUUUUGUUGGUUUCUCGGACCAAGAUUCACGAUAUCCACAUCUCUACACCAGGAAUACAUUAGGACCGGGCGCCGUCUGCUCUGUCUUUCCGUGCGUUGAUGAUGCCACAACCCGCUGCAUGUGGGAGAUUUCAAUACGAUGCCACAAAACGUUGGGUGAUGCAUUCAGAAAGACGCCGCAAAGGAGUUCUGCCGAGGGGGACGUGGAUAUGACCGGGACCGACCAGAAAGACAAGAAGCCGCGGGACGAGUACCUGAUCAACCUCAGUGAGGAAGAAAAGUCCCUGGACUUGAGCAUCGUGUGCUCAGGUGAAAUGACAGACGAUGAUCCUACUUGGCGGACAGUCUCCUUUGCCUGUUUUGCUCCAGUUACCGCUCGCCAUAUCGGCUUUGCCAUCGGUCCUUUUGAGCACGUUGACCUUACCGAUUUUAGAGAAGUUGAUGAGGACGACAAGCUUGGCCAAAAUGCCAUCAAAGUGGAUGGUUUCUGCUUGCCAGGAAGAGCCGAAGAGCUACGGAACACUUGCAUGCCAAUGGCCAAGGCGAUCGACUAUUUCACCGUCAACUACGGCUCUUUCCCUUUCUCCAGCUACAAGCUCAUCUUUGUUGAUGACUUGGUUCAAGAUGUGACGCAUACGGCUUCUUUAUCAAUCUGCAGCACGAGACUACUAUUCCCAGAAGACAUUAUCGAACCUCUGGAUGCAAACACUCGCGUACUCGUCCAUGCUCUUGCGAGUCAAUGGGUUGGCGUGAAUGUCAUUCCCAAAGAAGCUCGAGAUAUGUGGGCCAUUACUGGUAUCUCUGGUUUCAUGCGAGACACGUUCAUGAGGAAGCUUGCUGGCAAUAACGAGUACCGCUACCAACAAAAGCUCGCUUCUGAACAAGUGUUCGAGCAAGACGUUGAACGAUACAGUAUCCAUCAGCUUGGCGCUCAGCUCGACAUUGAUCCUUCAGAGUACGAUUUCAUGGCUCUAAAAUCUGCAGUUGUUCUCUUCAUCCUGGACCGUCGACUUACAAAAGCGAGUGGAGCAGCAGGUGUUGCGCGAAUCAUCACUAGAUUGUUGCUAAACGCAAAGACUGGUGACCUUCAGAAUGGAGAGCUCUCUACUGAUUGGUUCCAUCGUCUUUGUGAGAAGCUGGGUCACACCAAACUCGACGCGUUCUUCAAGCAGUGGGUAUACGGUGCUGGCUGCCCACUAUUCAAGGUCAACCAGCGAUUUAAUAAGAAGAAGUUGGUCGUGGAGAUGAACAUCUACCAAACGCAGCGCGAGCGUAAGAUCAAGCCCGAACUCCAGCCUUCAAACUUCAUGAGAGAAGCGAAAGAGCAGGUCUCGGAAGUCUGGGCUCCAGAAGUUUCAGAUCCUUUCACCGGACCUAUGACUAUUCGUAUUCACGAAGCUGAUGGCACGCCAUAUGAGCAUAUUGUGGAGAUCAAGGACACACACACCAAGAUCGAGAUUCCUUACAACACCAAGUACAAGCGUCUAAAACGCUCGAAGCGUGCAAAAGAGCGAGCCAUGGCUGCUAACGGCAUCGAUCUUGGCGGAGAAGCUGAGAACGACGUGCUGCUUUAUUGUCUCGGUGACGUCCUUCAGUCAGAAGACGAAGUCAAAGAUUGGCGUUUGGUUGAUUGGGGCAAAGAAGAGGAAGACCGCAUGGGCCAAGAAAGCUACGAGUGGAUCCGUAUGGACGCCGACUUCGAGUGGAUUGGCAAGAUUGACUUGAUCAUGCCCAUUUACAUGUAUGUCAGUCAAUUGCAACAAGACAGAGAUGUCGUUGCACAAUACGAGCACGUCUUGAAGCAAAACGCGCAUCCUUUGAUGUCUACAAUCCUCGUCAGAACAUUGAUGGACCGCCGGUACUUCCAUGGUAUCCGCACGCUCGCGGCAGCAGGUCUCACUAAAUGUGCUACACCUAGCUUGAGCUGGGUGGGUCAGUAUCAUCUCGAGAGAGCUUUCCAGGAGUUCUUCUGCUUCACCGAUUCACCUAUGCCUCGCGCCAACGAUUUUUCGGACCGCAUGAGCUACCUGAUUCAGAAGGCAAUCCCAAUUGCGUUGUCUCAUGUCAAAGACGAACGUGGCAAGGUACCAAUGAGCGUGAGGAGAUUUUUUGUUGACAAGCUGAAGUUCAACGACAACUCCAAUAACGAGAAACAAAGUNUCUCUGAUUGCUACUAUGUUUCUACGCUUAUGCGAUGUCUUGCCGAAUCCUUGGUAGCAUCUGCAGAACCACAACAGACCNUUGCCAUCAACCCUGAUGACGAAGACGACUUGAUGCAAGAGAAUAUCGAAGAUGAAAAGUUCCAAAAGGAAGCCAUCAACGAGCUCGAACGCUAUCGCCGCAUUGACGAGUGGAUCUCUUCUUAUCAAAAUAUUUAUUCUGUCACGGCUCUCGAAUGCAUGCGAAAACUACUGGAGCAUGGCGUGGUGAAAAACAAGAAAGCCGAAAUUCUGCAGUACACACAAUCUGGCAAUGCCGACGAGGUCCGCCUAGCAGCAUGGGAUUCUCUCGUACAACUCAAACUUGCAAGGCGGCCGCAGAUCCUCAAAUAUCUGUUACACUCACUUUGCGACGACCCUUCGCCAUACUUCAGAGACCAGCUCCUUCAAGUGCUGGGCCGAGCACUGGGCACGAUCGCUCUGAAGACACAAGAAGCUGCAAAGCCGGCUCCGAAGCCCAUCGAAACCGGAGGUCUUGUUCUUGAGCAGGAAGAACCUCUAGCUGUUCAACCGGUGCCACUGGACAUUGCUGGGAAGAGUCCGCCAGAACUCGCUCUGAUCGCACUCAAAGCUGCCCUCGUGGACGACGAGACGUUCAAAGUAGCACUGUGGCAUGUUAUACAAUCGCCAGCGCUGGCCAUACCUGAAGUGGUCUCAUUCCUGGAUAUUGCGGCUCUGAUAUAUGAUCCAUCAAACGGUCUUGUCGUACACCUUCGACUGCCUCGAUUCUACAUUACCAAACACAUUGGCAAAGGCAAAAUGCAGUUCAAGGAAAAGGAAAAAUACCGUACCUCGCCACUCAUAGGUCUCGGCCUUGACGAAUUCGACUUGGUGCAGCAGCAUGGCCUCAAAUACACAGGUCAACUCUCGAAAGCUGCCAAGGAUCAUGUCAAGACGCAAAAACAGGAGAAACAAAGAUUGGAAAGCGAACUGGCUGCAGCACAGGAGCUGCUCCAGAGACAGCUUAAUGCACAACAUCAGGUCCAACCUCCUCCAGUCCCGAAGCCUUCGCAUGUGCCCUCGACAGCCAUGUCUCCACCACCUCUGCCUGUAUCUACUCCGGGUGGGUCUAUGAAACUCACCUUGAAGCGUAAACAGAGCUCAACGGCCGAACCACGCGCGAGUAGUCCCAAGCGUCCUCACCUUGUUCAGCCUGCCGCAACAAAUGGUACAGCCGCAACGCCAAAGGUGGAAAAGAGUCCAAGCCUCAAUCUGGGAAAGAUACAUGCGCAGACACCAUCACGCACGGUAUCUGUUGCAUCAACCCCUGGACCAGCUGCAGCAUCUAGAAAGCCUACGGCAAGCGACAGGCCAGGCAAGUCCAAGAUCGUUCAUUUGAAGAUCUCAAAGCAGAAGCGCCUGCAAAGAAUUCUUUCACAAGCACCUCAGCCUGGCUACAGACCGCAGAAGCAAAAACUUGCCAUCCCUGCCAAGAUCAACACCUCUUCUUCAGCACGACCAAGCCCUGCACCUUCCGCAACUGGUGGGUCGCAAGGUCGCAGCGGCAGCAAUGGCGACUUCUUCGCCAGUCCUGAAGUCACCACUGCUCUUUCGACGGGCGCAAGUGUCGGUGCUUUCAGAACCUGGAAUGGUAUGAGUUCCAUCAAGCAGGAAUCAGACUCGGCACCGAUGAGCGCAGUCAGCCCCAUGACGAUGAACUACCCGGGAAAGAGUAACGGUACCGCUACUGCCACUGGCACAAUGAGCCCGCGUCCGUCCGAGGGCGGCGACGAGAAGAAGCCAAAGUUCAAGCUCAAGCUUACCAAAAAGCCGGCUGCCUAG